ACUGGAUGAGCAGCAGCAGCAGAAAAACUAUCAGCAGAACUUGUUUUCUUCGUUUUGUGUAUAGUGAAAUCUAGCUGGUUUCUCACUGAACAGAAGAAGCGAGCUGGGCUAACUCAGGAUCCUGUAUUCCAGGUUUCCAGAUGGCUGAUCCUUUCCUGUACAAUACUGGGGAAAGAUCUGGAUAUGGAUGUCUUGGACAUGAAGUGCAAAUUGAGCAUAUCAAGGCAUACAUUUGCAGACCAUCUUAUUUCACAAACAAAGCUGUGAUUGUGAUUCAUGAUAUAUUUGGAUGGAUGUUCCCAGACAAUAGAUAUAUAGUUGAUUUAAUUGCAGGUCAUGGAUACAUAACCAUCUGCCCAGACUUCUUCAAGGGGAAGGACCCCUGGAAAACUACAAAUCACUGGCAUGACUUUGCUGACUGGAUGAAAGAACAUGACCCUAUGAAAGUAGACAGGGAAGCUGAUGUUGUCUUGAAGUAUCUAAAGGAACAAUGCGAUGCAAAGAAGAUUGGUAUCGUUGGGUUUUCCUGGGGUGGAAUGGCAGUACAUCACUUGAUGCUGAAAAAUCCUCAAUUAUCCGCUGGGGUGUCCCUCUAUGGAAUAAUAAGGGACUCUGAAGAAAGAUACAAUUUACUAAAUCCCACGUUUUUUAUAUUUGGAGAGAAAGACCACACUAUUUCUUAUGACCAGAUUACCUUAUUGGAUGAGAAGUUGAAACAGUACUGUAAAGUUCCAUAUAAAAUUAAAGUUUAUCCUGGACAGGUUCACGGGUUUGCACAACUGAAGCCAGAAGAUAUGAAACCUGCUGAUAAGCCUUAUAUUGAAGAAGCUAGAAAGGAUAUGAUUGAUUGGAUCAAGACAUUCAUUUGA